ACGGUUAUUCACUGCAUUAGUCUAAUGUUUCAUUUAAAUGUCGGCGAUUUAAAAACUUAUAAACAAAGACCGACCAGUUAGUCGUAAUUAGUCGUAAUUUAGAGGUUGAGCACGUACUCAAAAGAGUCCUUGACAAGUUUUUGCAGAACGUGAGCUUUGCUUGAAGACGUCUGGAAAAAUGUUCACAGAUCAGGAGAGACAGGAAGACGAGAUCACUGCAAUCUCAAACAUUUGUGCUCCGCAUGAGUUUUCAUAUCAGAGAGGCAUAAACUUUCGUUGUGUCUUGACCACUGCACCUGAACUUAUAGAGGGUAGCAUUAAUGUUCGCUAUAUGGUUUACGAUGGAGGAUAUCGGAGCAAGCCACUUUAUCGAAAGUUUCAAGUAAAAUAUUUACCUCCUAUUAAGUUGUUUGUUGAACUGCCUGCGAUGUAUCCCUCGCAGAAACCACCACGUUUUCAAUUGUCGAUUACAUGGCUUCCGCCUUGGGAGACUUCAUUGGUUUGUCUCAGGCUGGAUGAACUGUGGCAAGAGAACGAAGGAAACGAGAUUUUAUUUUUGUGGCUGGAAUUCCUGAAAAAUGAUUCCCUGAAAUAUCUGAACAUACACGAUUGUCUGGAUGUUUCGUUCUUAUUUUCUGCUUACAAAGAGCCUUAUGACAUUGCCAUGUUAACAAUUUUAGAUAUGAGUGACAGCAGGGCUGUCAAUUUUGCAAUAUUUCUGAAUCCUCGGGAAUACUUGACAGAGUACUCGAAGAAGCAAUAUAAAGAUGAAUUUAACAAUAACAUUUUUGUUUGUGGCAUUUGCUUUGACGAUGAGUCAGGGAAAAAGUGCAUUGGAUUCCAAGAUUGCUAUCAUGUAUAUUGUAGAAAUUGUCUACAAUCUUAUGUUUCGGUCAAAAUUGAGGAAGCAAACGUUAAGAAUAUUUUAUGCCCCGAGCCUGACUGUAAAUCCGAGAUUAGUCCAAAUCUCGUAAAGGAUCUAUGUCCACAAUUAUUUGAGAAGUACGAAAAGUUAUUAUUAGAUAUUACUUUAGGUAAUAUGAGUGAUAUAGUAUUUUGCCCCCGACUUCUUUGUCAGAAACCUGUCACUAUCGAAGAGGGACGAGAUUCAGCUAUUUGUGCAUAUUGUGAUUACUGCUUCUGCAUAUAUUGCCGUAAAGUAUAUCACGGUAUCAUGCCUUGUAGUAUGAGCGAUGAAGCUAAGGUCUCUUUGAUUGAAAACUAUUUAAAAGCAAGUUCUGAAGAGAAGAAAGUUCUGGAAAAAAAGCACGGAAGAAAACAGUUGCAAAUCGUAGUAGAAAACCAUUUAUCGCGGGAAUAUAUCAAAAAAGAAACGAAACCUUGUCCAAGUUGCCAUACGCCGAUAGUAAAAAGUAUGGGCUGUAAUAAGAUGAAAUGUAUUCAUUGUAAUGUUUCUUUCUGUUGGCUAUGUGGAAAGGAAAUUACUGCCAUUAACCCGUACUCCCAUUUCUGGGGAAACAAUGGAGGUUGCUACAAACGUUUGUUUGAGACUUAGAUUAAGAGACUAUUUGCAAAAGAAUAUUUUAAUUCCUGUUUGUACAAAGAAUCAAGAAUUCUUCUAUACACACGUUGUGAUAUCAUAAAUCUAAUCCUUAUAAUUAAUUCAUUGAAUAAACGUUUUUUUAUAAAUUUAUAAAAA